UUUAUAGUCGACAGCGGACAGUCGUUACUCGUUAGCGUUGUUGGGUCACGAGUCACGACUGACGACUCACGCCUGCCUACAGCCUAGUGCCUACAGUGUACUCUCUAAAAGUGGUUUUCUUCUAAGGCUUUGAAAAUUGAAAGUACUAAUCAAUGCACAACCCACAUUGCACGACCACGAAGAAAUAGUAUAGUUAUAUACUAUUUAAUUAUAUGUCUUUAGUAUGAUCAAAUUAUAAUAAUUUGUUUGAAAAUAUUCCCUUAUAUUUAUGUUAAAAUUAGUGAAUAUCGAUAGUUCUAAAAUUUUAAUUUGUUUUGAAAUUAAACAAUGGAUAGCAAAGUGCGUCGGAAUGGUCGUUUGAUAGACAUUGUUGAUGAGGAGUGGCGUGCGGAGAUUUUGCCACACGAAGAUAUACAGGUUCCAUUAGAUGAGCUACCAGACCCUGAGGCAGACAGUGCUGACUCCCACCUUACUCUCAAAGAACAAAGUCUCAGAUGGCAAGAGAAUUUUCCUGAGCCAGCUAAUGUAGAGCAGAAUUAGGCUUAAAAUUUUAAAUAUAACUAAAAUAUAAUUAUUAAAAUGCAAUUAGACCUAAAAUGGGAAGAAGAAAACAAUAUUUAUUUUAAUUUAAAUGGCCACAAUAAUUUAAGGCGAUAGCUACCAAAUGUUAACAAAUGUACUAAAGGUAAAUUUUUCAUAUACAUUGCAUGGAAAUGUGACAAUAUAUCAUAACAUUCCUCUGGCUCAAAUACUUCUUGGCCAUCUGGUGAAUCCUGAAAAAAUGUUGUAUGUUAAAAUUUAGAUAAGAGUGUAAAUAAGAUGGUGCUGAUAUUUGAACUGUAAGCUUUGUUGCAUCUGAAGAUGAUGGCAAUGGAAUUAUUGGUGCAGAUGCAACUUUAAGCUUACCAGACAUGGAUUCUGUGUCUACAACACUGGAUUUAGAAUGUAAUACAGUCUCCAUUUUGUAAUACAAUAAAUGAUUAAGUGACAGCA